UUCACUGCACUUACAAUCCUUCCCAUGUAAAAUGGCACGAUUUUUCAAAAACUCUUUGUUUGAUAUUUCUGUACUGGAGUGAGUCAAGGGAACUCAUUCAUGAUAACAUGGCGCCCUCAAUUUUACUGGUAUCUCUUGCAUGUUGCCUCUGUAUGGCAGUGACGGGUCAAGACAACGAGCGCAAGAAUAUAAAAAUGCUUUUUGUUCCGGCGGAAGUUAUGAAAGAGCUGCAUAAGAACCUCGCAACAAAAGACUUGACCCAGGGCCUACCGGGCCAGGGUACUCUGCAAUGGACCCCAGUCCGUCUUCCUGGCGACAGGAGUCAUACAUUCGAAAUUCGAAUCAAUCCCCACACGGCGCACAAGUUGAACAUGAACUUUCAGCAUUUUAAAAUUGGUCGGGGCCACGGUCUUCUUCUUGAGCUAAAAAAUGUAACUCUUUCGACGAAAGGAAGGACCGUCUUGGACAGUUUAGUAGAGUUUUAUAAAAACUGCGGUGGGGAAAGAAAUCAUCGGUUGGGGAUGCGCGUGAUACAUCACUCAUUACCCAUGAUACACCGUCACAACCCACAUUCGCUCUUACUACCAGGUGACAUUCCGUUAUUGAAGCGGAUUCAAAACGCACUCGAGCGUUUUUUCCCGAGGCGCCACGACGGGUCGGUAGACGUUUUCCAGCACAAGGAUUCAAGUGGAGCCGUUCAUUUUCUUCCGUUUGAGGAGGUUCGAAGACAGGUCAACAAUCUUAUAAAGAGGACACUGGUUAAGAGAGAUUGUGUUAAGAUCAGCACAAACGCUUUGACUCGUGCUCUCAGUCAGUUCAGAAAGAAUUAUGAUAACAAUACAACAACCACACCAAGUUUAAAUGAAGAGGAUGAUUAUAGUGAUGAAACUGACAGUGUAGACAAACCUGCAAGGAAUGACAGUCAAAGUGAAGAGACAGAACAACUCCUUUCUUUUUCGCGUAAUCUUAAUCCGCGUCCGGUCAACAAAGUCAAUCUUACUUCAUCUUCCGCUACUAACGUACCAAGCGAUGCAGCAGCGACGAAAAUAGUUACUGCUUUGGCAGAUUUAAGAAAAGAACUCAAAGACUUGUCAAGUGGCCUUAUAAAAAAUACGAGUCAGUCCAUUUCAAACAACUCUAAGGAAACUGACAGCGUGAGCACCUCAAAUAUCGGAAUAAAUACAGAUGACAAAACAAUUGGUUCUAAUGGGAAUAUGGGUAAAAAUAUUAGCAGUGAUAACAACGAAACUCCAGACGAGAAAAGCAAUUCCAACUUUGAAAAAUCUGAUAAAAGUGAAGUAAAGAACGAACGUACAAAGAUGAGUAGCGAUGACGGAGGAGAUCAAAACAAAACAAUAAACAGAAUCAAUAACAAAAACGAUGACAACAACUAUGGCACUAACGACAUGACCAACAACAGCAAAAGCAUCAUAAACAGCAGCAACAUAGAUGAGAGAGUAAUUGCAGUGGCCCUGAAGCUGAAAAAUAUCGAAGAUGAUUUGAAAGCCGAUAUGCAAAAGACUAUGCUUAAUCCCUCUAAGACUAUUUCGAAAAUUUCAGGUGACUCUAAGUCUGCUAUUAAGGAGGUCAAUGCGAGACCUGUCAAUCAAACUGCCAAUCAGUUACAGCGACUCAAGACUGCAACGGAAUAUAGCAUUACUACGAACGUAUCUGCUCAUUUUAAAGUUUCUGAUGAACAAAAAAAUGAGAAGAAACAAACUAAGAUUCGAAAGGAUAACGCAAAAUAUAUAGGAAAACAUAAAAAUCGUCGCGGGAAUAAGAAACAAGUUUCACUUUCGUUUCACUAUAAACCAAAAUCAUUGAGGUUAAAGCUGCGUAAUAAAGGUAGAGAUUAUCUUAAGACUGAAGACAAUGAACAGGAAGAGAAUAUGCACAAGCACAAGGGUAAGGGACGAUUUGUGCAUUUCAUUCACUCACGAAGACCAAAGAUCAAAGAAUUUAUGGUUCCAGAUGAGCGCGAAUCUAAUGAAUACAGGCAAAGAAAUUUUCACGACUCUCCUGUAGAAGCAGUAAACAAUGAUGAAGACAACAUGAAAGUUGGACUAUUAAGGAAGCUACGUUGGCUUCGAAUCCACGGACAUGCGCCUAAAGUGCGCAGCCGGAAGAGUCCGAAACUUCGUGUGGUUGUAUACGACGAUGAAGACGAAGAGGAAGAGCCACAUCAGGAACGUUGGCAUAAUAAUGAGAUCAAUGAGUACGAAGAAAAACCUCACGAAGACGAUACCGAAACAGAGUCAGAAGCCGGGUCAGAAUUUGAAUCAGAACACGUGUCUGACUCGUCUCAUCGCUCAGCGUCGUUGCUCAAGGAUGAAGAAAAUACCAAGCCAUACAAUCAAGGAGAGGAAAGUCAUUCUAGAUCUGAAAGUGGGUCUGACAUGCAGUAUCUAUCAGAUAGCAUAGGAGAUGACUCCACCCAUUUAGAACGGAGCGACAGCGGUGUGGACAUACCUGAUUUAGAACCUUACUUGAAAAAACAUUAUGCGGAUGAAGAAGAUGAAGAGAAUGAAGAAAUACAAAUGUAUAAUGAACAAGAUGGAAUCGAUGCACGAAAGUUGGGAGAUUCGAUGGAAAAACAUAUUAGUAAGACGCCAAAGGAGGAUAAUGGGAUUCUAGUCGAGGAGACGAACAGGAUUGAUGAAAAUAACGAUGAAGUAUCUGGUAAAGUACAUAUUCACAAAAUCCCUUUUAAAAUCCAAGAAGACUCAGAGGGAGUGGACACUAGUCCCUUCAAAGAGCCCCAACACGAUGCACUUGGACUGCAGCGAGUAUUGAGGCCUGGACCCGAUUUCACAUCCAUGGCAUCACAGCCGCUCCCUUUCGCCUCCAAUCCGUCUAUGACUACAUUAAAUCAGAACGCCUUGGAUAUGUCUCCAAAUAUGGUCCUACCACCCGAACAGUCGAUGAUGAUACCUGCAGAACUUCCCGAAGCGAACGGGGUAACCACGCCUGUGGAGAGGCCUCGCCCUGCUGCACUCACAGGGCUCAGUUUUCAACCCAGUGUAACGACCCAAUUUAACAGUAUGAUGCCGCAAACACCGUUUCCACAGGUCAGUAGCAUUAUGCCAAUGCAGUCAGCCGCGUCUGAAGAAUCUCAAGUGGCUCCAGUGACACCCAUCAUGCAACCGGGGCAGAUAAGAACAGUUAUAUCACGUGUUAAAAAUGGGAAUGAAUCAGAGUUACACUCGAGACAUGCUAGCAAGACCUCGGGUGUAGGUAAAAAACACAUAAAAUUUAGGAGAAAAGAUGCAGUUAAUGUGGACGCUGGAAAUAUGAAAGCACUAAGGCAGAAAUAGUAUAAUUCAAGGUCAGAGUGCAGACGUUUUAUUAGUGGAUAAAUGCCAGUAGUGAUUUUUAACAUAAGAGAGAAUGCAUACCAAACUAUUUCAGUAUGGCGCAAAUCUUUGAUCCGAGAUAUUUUGCUCUUUCCACAUUUUCUAAAAGUUCUCAGUGUAACCGCCUGUGUCAGUUUGUGAUGUACCGUGGUGUUUCAAGGUUAGAACUUCUAUAAUGUUAAUGAUAUAAUGCUAAGUUACCUUUGACAUUUUGAAAACUUGAGGUAAGCAUAGGGGCGUUAUUCUUACGACUAUGAUUGGUUACAAAUGUUAUCAUGCAUGCAGUAUAAGAGCACGGGUUAAAGGUUUUAGGUUGAUUUCUAAUCGUCAUAUUUCUUUGAAUUACGUUUGUCGGAUCAGCAGAAUAUAAUGUGUUUUGAUUAAGUUUUAGUUUGAUAUUACUAUCCUAACUUGCCAUAACCCAUAUCAGUAAGCAGCAUGGGCGACCUUGAAGUACAGAUAGGCGUGAGAUUUUUAAUGUUGUCCAGACUUCGUUGCACCAAAAUCUUACUCAGAGCAUGCACACACUUGAAUGUAUAUCUCUCGAAAUAAAAUUAUAAAACCUCGGAUGAGCUUCAGAAUGAAAAUUUUCAAUGGUCCUGAUUGGAUUGCUCAGUCUUGGUUUUUAACUCAUACACCCUAGUUCAGUCUUAUACGGAGAGUACUUGUUUCCGGUAUCGCGUAGCUUUUCAUUGUGGUUUGUGAACGUUAUACUUGCCUUCCAAUAGCAGUGUUAUGUGAUCACUUGCCGUGUUGGCGGGCAGAAGUUAGUUAAGAUCCGUUUUAUCAAAGGUUACAGUAUUAGUCCUCUUCUUAAACAGAAUGUCAGGUUAUCUCUAUAGCCUCGGAUGUCAGAAAACAUAGAAUGCUCUCAAUAUAAUUUGUGAUCAGUUAUCGAUAACAUGUUACCUACUUAAACCAGGAAAUUUUAAAGCGUCAAACGAACUGAAAUCAGUCAGUAUAAUUGAUGUAAGCCUUGAAACAAAUAUCUUUACUUCUUGAAUAAACAAUGAGAGGCUUCUUUUGA